AGGAGAACAAGCUGACGACAAAGGAACAUGAUACCUCGUUUCCCUCUGGCGUUGACAAAAUAUCCUUCUAUUCACAAGGCAGGAAAAUCUUAACAGUUCCACUGUGGAGGAGAUCUGCCAGCUCUGAGAUAUGCCUCGGACAAUGUUCAGGCUCCUGCCAAUUGUGUUGCUCGAUAUCCAGCUUCCCUUGAUGACAGCUUUAUUCACAGUAGAAGUUCUUCAGCCACGUUAUGAUGCAGAGUAUGGGAGUGAUGUAGAAAUGGGAUGUCGCUUUCCAGUAGAUUCCCCAUUAAAUUUGACAAAUAUAAGUGUCUUAUGGAAAAGGAAACUAGCAAAGACAAAAGAAGAAAGAGAAGUUUACAAAUUCCACAAUGGGCAUGAAAACCUCACAUUCCAAGACACAGACUAUCGGGGGAGAGCCACACUGCUUCGCGAGAGUUUAGAAAUGGGACGCUCUGUGCUAUCUAUCACCAAUGUAAAGCUCACAGAUGAAGGAGAUUAUCUCUGUGCCGUUUACUAUGGAGGGGCUGAUUACAAGUACAUAACUUUGAAAGUGAAAGCAACCUACAAGACCAUAGAUAUUCAGAAAAGAAGAGAAGAUGAGGACCUGAUCUUCACCUGUCAAUCAGAAGGCUACCCUCUGGCGGAAGUUACUUGGCACAGUGAGAAGAAUCCUAAUGUCUCCAUCCUUGCAAACACUACAUAUGAACUGACUAAGGAUGGGCUUUUCAACAUAACUAGUACCCUGAGGUUCAAACCAAGCAUUAAUGAAAGCUACAGCUGUGUGUUCUGGAAUAAGGCAUUUAAUGAAAAAACUUCAGCUCACUCAGUGUUUGAGUCAUCGUCCUCUGGGAAAACACAUCCCAUCUCAGUUAUCCUUCCUAUUUGCCUGUUGGUAUGUUUUCUAAUAGCAGCCGUCAUUAUUAUGGUUCGAAGGAAAAGUUCAUUAACAAAUCGGUAAAUCCAUCAAGCACAUCUUGACAGAACCCUUUUUCUAGAAUGUUUCCUGUUACAUCAAGCCUGAAAGCAACAGAUAUGGUUUUGGAAAUUACCAGCCCUCCGUUAAUCUAAGAAACUGGGAUUCUCCAUGUGUCAGUCUGUGAAUUCACAAGUGUGAUCUAAAUCUGUAAUACUAUGCAAAAUGAUUAAAACCUGGAUCUUGGGGAUUCCUGGGCAUGUUAAUCACAGGAGACAGUAGUACAGCAUGAUCACUUGUCUAAAACUCCUCCUCUCUCUACCUCUUCUCUUCAGAGGAGAUCUGGAUCGUCAAAUCAAGAAUGUAAAUGCAGUGAAUUUUACAGACUGAAGAGCUUACAUGAACAUGUGGAACUUUCAUCUGUGCUGCUUGCAGUUUUGCACUUUCCACAUUUCCCUUUUAGGAAUGCAUAAAGAAGUUUCAGAAUGUUAGAAUAGUUCAACUAUAUGAAUGUGUCUGGUUUUGGCCAAUGUGGCAAUGUGCAAUUGUUCUCUGUUUCAGCAGUGUCUAUUCUGAGAUACAAAAAAUGGCUGUUAUUCAGCAGUUUCAACAGUUAUACAAGUACAUUUUAGAUGUUCUGUGACUGUAUAUGUCAUUUGUCUGAGUUUUCAGUUCCAAGAAAUCUGAGUGUAUGGACAUCUAUUUUUAUGCAUUAAACAUCUGCUGUUAUA